AUGCCUUCGGUGACCGACUUCAAGCCGAAAGUGAGCAUCACUCACAUCGGAACUGCGACUGCUAUCCUCGAGAUCGAUGGUGUACGCUUUUUGACCGACCCCUUCUUUUCACCAGCAGGCACCACUUGGGAUGUUGGCAUCACUAUCCUCAAGAACACCGAAGACCCCGCUCUCAGGCUUGAUCAGCUUCCUCCAAUCGAUGCAGUGCUCCUGAGCCACGAGGACCACCCCGACAAUCUCGACGAGCUGGGCCGUAGGCUACUUGACGGCCGACACGUCUUCACCACCAUGGACGGAGCCAAGAAUCUCGCACCUCGCCCGGCGGUAGUUGGCAUGAAGCCAUGGGACACUGUUGAGAGACGCAUCGGCGGGAAGGUCUUCCGCAUCACAGCAACCCCGUGCCAGCACAUGCCCGGCGGUGAAUGCAUUGGCUUUUUGGUAUCCUCGGAUGACUUCGGGAUUGGACCGAACAACCUGCCGAACGCAAUCUACUUCACCGGCGACACGGUCUUCAUCGACGAAUUGACCAAGAUUGCCGACAGGUUCCACGUUCCCGUCGCCAUGAUGAAUCUUGGGUUCGCUCAUGUGCAGCUUCCCGACAUGGACACGCCGCUGCAGAUCACCAUGGACGGCAAGCAGGCGGCUCAUUUGUUCCGAGAGAUCAAGGCGGAUCACUUGGUGCCCAUGCAUUACGACAAGUCGUGGGGUCAUUUCACUCAGUUCGAGGAAGGACUCGCUAAGGAUUUCAAGGAUGAAGGUGUUGACGACAAGGUUAAGUGGCUGAAACCAGGGGUUCCGAUGCACGUCUUCUCCCGCCCAAGCCUCCUGGCCCUGGGCCUCGCUGCCACCGGCUCCCUGGUAUCUGCCGGACCUUGCGAUAUCUACUCUUCCGGAGGCACGCCCUGCAUCGCGGCUCACAGCACUACUAGAGCUCUUUACAGCGCGUACUCAGGCUCGCUGUACCAGGUCAAGCGUGGCUCUGAUGGCGUCACCCUCAACAUUGCGCCCCUGUCUGCUGGCGGUGUUGCCAAUGCUGCCGCUCAAGACACCUUCUGUGCCAGCACUACUUGCUUGAUCACCAUCAUCUACGAUCAGUCUGGAAAGGGAAACCAUCUUACUCAAGCGCCGGGAGGUGCUUUCAAGGGCCCAGAGGCGGACGGCUCCGACAACUUGGCCAGUGCCAUUGGUGCACCCGUGACUCUGAACGGCCAGAAGGCCUACGGCGUUUUCAUCUCUCCCGGCACGGGAUACCGCAACAACAAGGCCAGCGGCACCGCUACCGGCGACGCGGCCGAGGGCAUGUACGCCGUUCUUGACGGUACUCAUUACAACGGCGGCUGCUGCUUUGACUACGGGAACGCUGAGACCAGCAGCACCGACACCGGCAACGGCCACAUGGAGGCCAUCUACUUCGGCGACAGCACCAUCUGGGGCACCGGUUCCGGCAGCGGUCCGUGGAUCAUGGCCGAUCUUGAGAACGGCCUGUUCUCCGGUGUCAGCUCGGGCAACAAUGCCAAUGAUCCAAGCAUCACCACCCGCUUCACUACCGCGGUCAUCAAGGGAGGGCCCAACCUGUGGGCUAUUCGCGGUGCGAACGCCGCGUCGGGCUCGCUGUCGACCUACUACAGCGGCGUUCGCCCGACGGCGUCUGGAUACAACCCCAUGAAGAAGGAGGGUGCCAUCAUUCUCGGAAUUGGCGGUGACAACAGCAUCAGCGCCCAGGGAACCUUCUACGAGGGUGUCAUGACCUCUGGAUACCCCACCGAUGCCACUGAGAACUCGGUACAGGCCAACAUCGUGGCGGCUAAGUACGCUACGUCUUCCCUCGUCAGCGGACAGGCCCUCACCGUUGGCUCUUCGUACUCUUUCCGCGUCACCACUUCCGGCUACACCGACAGAUACAUCGCCCACACCGGCGCCACCGUCAACACCCAGGUCGUCACCUCCUCCAGCGCCACAGCUCUCAAGCAACAGGCCAGCUGGACCGUCCGCACCGGUCUUGGUAACAGCGGCUGCUACUCCUUUGAGUCCAAGGAUACCGCCGGCAGCUACAUCCGCCACUACAACUUCGAGCUCCAGAUCGCUGCCAACGACGGCACCAAGCAAUUCAAGGAAGAUGCUACCUUCUGCCCUCAGUCCGGCCUCAACGGCCAGGGUCUGUCCAUCCGCGCCUGGGGUUACCCUACUCGCUACUUCCGCCAUUACAACAACGUUGGCUAUGCGGCGAGCAACGGCGGAGUUCACACCUUCGACUCUGCGACCUCAUUCAACGACGACGCCAGCUUCAUGACUCUGACCGAUAAUCAUUACACCCACAAGCAGACCAAUAUGCUGAGCAACCAAGAGUUCCAACCAUACGAGCCCGACCAGAGGCAUUCAGAAGGGCAAAAAUCAUCAAGUCAUACCGAUGAGGAAAAGUCCGAGGCCAUCGUCGACGCACCUGACGGAGGUUUUGUUGGCUGGCUACAGGUCCUGUCUGCCUUCCUCCUCGUUCUCGACGGCUUCGGCUUCAUUACAGCCUUUGGUGUCUUCCAAGCCUUCUACGUGGAUGAGUUGCAUGGGUCAACAGCGUCUGACGUCUCAUGGAUUGGAUCCAUGCAAAUCUUCCUGCUGUUUCUCCUCGGUACAGUCAGCGGGAGGGCCAUCGACGCCGGGUACUUUAGGACUACACUGCUGGUUGGAUUCAUCUUUCAAAUCGGUGGCAUCUUCGGCGCUUCCUGGUCUAACAAGUACUGGCAACUGCUACUCUCUCAGGGAAUUGCAACGGGUAUCGGCAAUGGCAUGCACUUCACUGCCCUUGUCUGGUUAGUCUCGCAGUACUUCACCAAGAAACGCGGCCUUGCUCUCGGCAUCAGCUCCUGCGGUGCACCCAUUGGAGCUGUCAUUUUCACCAUCAUGGCACGCCAGUUGAUCCCUGCAGUGGGCAUCGCAUGGACUCUCCGUGCUAUGGGCUUUUUGGUGCUCUUCAACAGCGUCAUCAUCUUUCUCAUCUCACGACCCAAAGAGACGAAGCGAUCCUCUGGGCCGCUCCUUGAGCUGGCUGCCUUCAAGGAGCUGCCUUAUCUGCUUUUCACGAUUGGCAUGUUCUUCACCUUGCUCGGGGCGUACUUUGCAUAUUACUAUGUCCCUCUUUUUGGCCGCAAAAGGCUUGGCCUUGAUGACAGCGGUGCCUUGACGAUUCUGAUCAUCAUGUCUGCAGUUGGCAUCACGGGACGACUGAUCCCCCCGUAUUUCGCCGACAAGUCUAUCAAGCCUCUGAGGACCCUGGUCAUCUCGACCCUCCUCAGCAGCCUCAACGUCUAUGCAUGGAUCGGCGUGCACUCUACCACUGGUCUCACUGUCUGGGUCAUUGCUUACGCCUUCACCGUCAACGCGGUACAGACUCUGUUCACGGCAUCCAUGGGCGAGGUCACAUCCGACAUGUCAAAACUGGGCGUCAGAAUCGGCAUGGUCUUCACCGUCGUCAGCUUUGCCUGCUUGGCUGGUCCACCUAUCGGCGGAAGCCUCGUUACUCUCGGAAAAGGCGACUUUCUGUACGCGCAGCUGUUCGCUGGCACAACCAUGCUUGUUGGUGGACUUCUGGUUGCUCUUGCGAAAAUCAAGCAGGUUGGCCAAAAAGACUUCUGGAGAAUCACUCAUUAG